AUGAGGGGCAGAGACAGGCGCAUUUUCUAUGCUGUGCUGGUUGUCUCCUUUGUCUUCUUAUAUUGCGCGGUGACCGGCGCCCAUCUCAAGUUCCUUCUCUCCCCUCAAGAGCGAUACAUACAUGAGAUUCAAUCUACCACACGACAAUUUGAUGGGUUUGAAUCAACGCUGGAGAGGAUCCUACCGCAACGAUCUUACAACCCUCAUCUCAUCGAUGACCCUCGUCUGAGCUCCUGGGCGAAUGAACCUAUGCCAAAGAUAUAUCGCCCAUACCCAGAUUAUAAAAGUAAUGAGUGGAAGAAGAGUCACCGUGGCUCUUUCAAACCGUGCAUUGGGCCCCGAGGUAAAGAAGUGACGGACAAUUUGGACGAUCAAGUAAGCGCCUACGUUGGUGUUCCGAAAGGCUUCCCAACUACGAUUUUUGGUUCCCACAAGGCAAUCGGCCUCGAUGGGUCACUGUCAUUCGAUCGCUAUACUCGCUACGGUGCUUACGGCUUUGCGGAAGAUGAAACAAAUGUCGAAAACUGGGUUCGACCUGCCAAAGUUAAUUGGAACGAUGUUGAUUGGGGAAAGCUACAGAAGCAAUGCGCCACGCACAACGCCAAUCGAUUCGACGCGCAUUUGCAGGGACUGAACAAUAACGCCCCUGAGGCACGUACGGCCGUUCUCAUUCGUUCUUACACUGGCAAGGAAUUUUUGGAGAACGAUAUCAUUAACAUUCGAGCGAUGAUCUCUGAACUUUCCCUUCAGUCAGGAGGGGAGUAUGAGGUUGUAUUGUUGACACACGUCAAGGAUGACAGCAUACCGCUCGAUGAUCCCCUCGUGCGGAAGAGGCUUUUACAGCAGAACAUCCCUCGGGAGUUCUGGGGUAUAACUCAGUUCUGGAAUAUGCAUGAAGAGAUAUUAAAUUAUCCUCAACUCGACCCCGAACUUAUGGAUGUCCAUCAUUCACAAUGGCUCUCCGUACAGCAGUUCGCCCUCCGGAACCCCCAAUUCGAGUAUAUCUGGAACUGGGAAAUCGACACCCGCUUCACAGGUCACUACUAUGAAUUUGCCGACACGGUUGCGAACUUCGGGCUGCGACAGCCACGUCGAGGAAUCUGGGAACGCAAUGAGCGAUUCUACAUCCCAGGCUACCAUGGCAACUACGACGAGCGAUACCGAUCAUUCGUCGAUGCCCAGAGCGGACCGGGUGUCUGGGGACCGAUGCCUAUGAGGACAGAUACCGGCGAGGAGUUUGAGCGCGAAGGGCCUACACCACCCGUCCCAGUAGCCAACCAAGACCCCUACGAAUGGGGUGUGGGCGAGGAAGCAGACCUGAUGGUCUUCUUGCCUAUCUUCAAUCCCAUCAACACGGAAUGGGUCAUCCGGAACGAGGUGUUCGGGUAUCGCGCAGCUAACACCCCCCGAAGAGCUUCCUUGAUUACCCAUGGCCGCCUUUCAAGACGGCUAUUGUUGACGAUGGACCGUGAGAACCAUGCAGGUCGCCAUAUGAGCGCUGAGAUGUUUCAUGUAUCAACUGCCUUUCUCCACGGAUAUAAGGGCGUCUCGGUUCCGCAUCCCGUCUAUUCAGAUCGGUUGAUGCCGAGCGACCGGGUUAGUCGCUGGUUCAACUCUGGUGUCAACGGUCGGAGUGGGAGCACUAUGGACAGUCCAUUUUCCUGGGGCCGAGAGUCUCGGUUCAAGGACGUAUCUUGGUACUACCGCGCCAACCUGCCUGGACGGCUGUACUGGAAUUUCCUGGGUUGGGAGAAGGAAGGCAAGGGUGGACCACAGUACGAGGAAGAACACGGUCGAUAUUGUCUACCCUCUAUUCUUUUCCAUCCCGUUAAAGAUGUUCGACCGGAGUCGGAUAGCACUCAUUAUGAUUUCGAUGCCGACAACGGGUUAAUAGCUUUACCGGACGAACUUGCGCAUAUCAACUCGGGAGGGCAAUAA